ACUGGAUAUGGGUUUGUGAUAAAUGUCAAAUGGACCAAAAUACUGGAAUAAUCUUUCGUUAAACGUAAUUGUUUAUUGUGCUUUUUCCUCAAUAAUUAAUUAAAAGUUCAACAAAUUUGUGUAUUCAAAUAAAAUAAACCCUCUAUCAAAUAAUCAAAAUGGAUAAAUACAAACCCAUGUCAUGGUAUAUUGGCACCGAGUGGACUAUGCCGGCUAAGGGUUUGCGCAAACAAGUUAUAUCCUUGGACAAUUUCAAGUGUUUGGAUAAACCUCAUUUAUUGUCCAAAGUUGUGUUAAAAGUGGAAGAAGUGGAAAAUUUAAAUGGACGUGAAAGUCAAUACCUAUCCAGUGAGUUAAUUGAACAAGAGCAAACGGUGGAAAUUGGAAGCGCCGUCACACCGGUUGAUUGUUAUGUAGAACUGCUUGUGCGUCAACUUGUGGUGGAUGAACGAGCACGCUGCUUUAUUGGUACAAAGAAGGACGAAAUAAGUUUCAUAUUGACUUUGAUAAACAUAGAAGAAACAAAGGAAAUACAUAAAUUAAAUGUUGGGGAGAUGUACGAUUUGGCUAAGCGUUAUAAAGAAAACGGCGUUGUUAUGUUCAAGCAAUAUCCCAACUUUGCACAUGCUUACUUUUCGCGCGCCGCAAAAUUUUUGAUCUCAUACAAACCAUUUGAAGAUUUAACAGUAAGCAAAGAUGGUUUAUCGGGUGAGGAUAUGCAAACGCUUUUUACGCAAAUACAAACCAAUUUGGCAGCUUGUUUAUUAAACGAACAGCGAUAUGAAGAUGUAUUAUAUCAAACAAAGUUUGUAGAAGAGCAAGCGAAUGCUACAGAGAAAAGUAUUUAUCGAAGAGCAAUGGCAUUUUAUCAUCUUAAUGAAUUUGAAAAGGCUCAGAAACUUAUUGAGGGCGUUCCCAAUUAUCAAGGAAAAAAAGAAUUUGCCAAACUUCAUCAACGUUUAGGGGAAAGUUGGAAGGCUAGCAAUGAACAAUAUAAGAAUUUUGUGAAACGUAUGUUUAGUUAGACUGACAAACAAGUAAUAUUUUUAAGAAGAAUUGUGUAAUAAAGUUGUAAAAAUAAAAUAACAAA